AUGCUCUUUGCGCGCCCCUCCCUUACGAUGCGUGCGCUGCGCGCUGCGCAGGCGCCGCGGUACGUGCGUGCGUUCGGCACGUCCAUCCCCGUGCGUUCUGAGGACCUGUCGACGCCCGAGGCGAAACAGAACCGCAUCAUUUCGAUCCUCACGGAAAAGUUUACGCCCGAGGACCUGCAGGUGCAGGACAUUAGCGGCGGCUGUGGCUCAUUCUUUGCGAUCAUGCUCAAGUCACCCGCAUUCACGGGCAAGUCGACGAUCCAGGCACAUCGCAUGGUGAACAAGGAGAUCAAGGACGUGAUCUCGGACAUCCACGGACUGCAGCUCAAGACGGUCGCGUCGGAGAAGUAG